GCUUGCCUUGGCAAACGAAUCCAUGCUUCAGCGCUGCCCGGACUGUGCCGUCUUAUGGGGUGUUGGCAGGCAGCUGGGCGUUUUCGAUGUGGCCCUGCCGGAAGCUUCCCCCGUGGUGCAGUUGGUUCGCAAGCACCAUUUGUCCGAGGUGUCUGCCACGUAUGCUGCAGCGGCUGCUGCCGGCAGUUUUUUGGGCCGUCUUGCCUGGGGCGAAGAACGUCUCGGCGGCAUUUCGGCGGCUCAGCGCCGCGGCGACAUGUCGGUCCCUGUUCGGAAUGUAUGUGGGGGGUGCAUGGAGGCUUUGGAAGCUGUUCUGGCCGUCGCAUCCAACGCUGCCCAGGAACAGAGCCCGAUUCCUCAGCCAGUCGAUGUGGAUCACAUGAUGCAGGUGCGUCACGAGGAGCGUCAAAGCUACGCCCUUGCGUCACAGCUGGCAUCCGACGGACAUGCUGAUGGCUUGGCAGCCAAAGCGGAGAUGCUUUACUUUGGCCGAAGCUCGGUGCUUCCUGGCUCUGGGGCUGGUAGCCGCGCCGUAGCUCUAUUUGGCCUGCUUUUGGCUGCCUGGCUGCUUCCCAAAGCCUGCCGCCGCUGGAAAGCCUCCAGGGCAGCGGCAGCGGAAGGUCAGGAGGCGGCUGCCCAGGAGGGCGCCAGGAGCUGCGGCUGGCUGCGACUGCUGUUGUUGUUGCUGGCGGCCGCUGCAUGGCUUCUUUGGCCAGGGCCCGGGGCUUCAGACCUUGCCGACUUGGCUCCGGAUGCUGCAGAGGCAAGCAGCCUCUUCCGUGAAGCGGCAGACGCUGGCCACUGGGGAGCAGCCUAUGCCCUGGCGAUGAUCAAGCUCGAUGGCGACAACAAGAGCGAGGCGGAGCCCUACCUAACCCAAGUGGUGGAGUCGGAUGCGGACGAAGCUGCGCGUGCCUUUGCGCAAUACUUCCGCCAUCGUCUGGGACUGGGUGUGGCCAAGGAUCCGAAUUUGUUUUCGAAAUCCUCCGCAUCAGGCUCGGGACGAGUUGUGCUGGAGUUCCCAGUCAGAGCUUCGGAAGAUGGGCUCUUCUUGCCUUUGUUCUCCAAAUGCGUGAUGAGAUGGCUGGGCUUGGAUCCCGAAGAUCACGGA